AAGAAGGUACGGAUUGGUGCGUUUUUCAAGUACAUGCGAGACAGGAAACCGCUAGGCUUUUUGCAUCAAGUAGCCUAUGGUUUAGGGUGAUAGACGCGGAGAGAAAAACGAAACAGACUUCAGAAGUGUAGCAUAUUUUUUGAAGAUUCAAUACUUGAUGGCAAUGGCAGACGAUCAGCAGCAGUUUUGUCUACGAUGGAACGACUUCCAAUCCAACAUGGUCAAUUCCUUCAAACAUCUUCGGGAUGAGAAGAGUUUCACUGAUGUCACUUUAGCUUGUGAAGGACAAACUUGUAAAGCACACAAAAUGGUGCUCUCAGCUUGCAGUCCUUACUUCAAAUCUCUUCUCGAGGAAAACCCCUCCAAACAUCCCAUCAUAAUUCUAAAAGAUGUUCCCUUUGCUCAUUUGCAAGCCAUUCUUGAAUUCAUGUAUGCUGGGGAGGUGAAUGUAGCUCAGGAUCAGCUCCCGGCAUUCCUCAAAACGGCCGAGAGACUCAAAGUGAAAGGAUUGGCUGAAGUGCCACCUGUGGUCAAGAAGGAGAGAUAAAGAAAAAACAUCUUGCUCUUCAUAUGUGCAGAUGAUGCUCUUUCUUUUUUUUUCUCCUCACCCCCAACUUCCUGCUGUUAAAUGUAAAACCUCUCUUUUCGUCUACCCCUUUCUCAACCUCGAUUCUUUAAAAAACAAAAAACAGAAAAGGAAAAACCUAAAUUUGGGUGCCGUAUUACAACAGCCAUAUGCUAAUACUUUUGGUUUUAUUUUCCGUCUUUUUCUCUUUAACUUGAUUGAGCACAUGUUUGCCCUUCUUGAUCCAUCUCGGUUGCUUACUUCUGUCAGAUUCCACUUUGAAUCGCUCUCCUUUUCAAGAUUCUAGGAGUAAUGUUUUCUAACGGCUUCCCUGGAGCAGAACCAAACUCUUUUCUGAAGUGGGGAUUCAAGCGAUUCGUUUUAUUUUUGAUUUUUUUUUUUCUUCUCGGUAAUCUUGGGGGCUAUUCUUUUUCUGUUAUAACAUGAUCGACUUCAGUGUGGAGAAAGUGGAUUACAGAAUCUAAAGAAAGGAAAGCGAGUUCAAAAGUAAAGAAAUUCGAGUUUUCGGGCUAUCAGUGAUCAUCACCAGCUUGUCGAUUCCGUUCGACUUGUUCCUUGUUGGUGAAAAAACAAAGAUUGGAACACUUUUUUGAGACUUGUAAAAUGUAUGGCAUUCUGUGAAUCAAGUGGAAUAAAUCUUUCAUUCAGGAUCGGA